UUAAGCUGAAUAUAACCGCACUCACCGAGUAAUACUAAUAAACUCAAUUUAAAUAAAUAAAAUUUAUUUUAAAAGAGUUAAAUAUAUAAUAUAAGAUAUAUCCUUCUGCACCUAAAAGGCUAAACCUAAACGACACAGCCUGUGUAGGUGCAUGCAAUGGUACCGAUAUCAGAGCGGCAAUGCGGACACUGUGGGCAGAUUUCCGCGUUAGAGAGGAGUUGUGAUGGCCGCUUCUACUGUGAUUUCUGCUGCGUGCAAUUUGAUGAUUUAUUUGUAUAUGAUUGGUUUGAUGUUGGGAACUUAAGAUCUUCAUACUGUAUUAGUUCUUCUGACUCUGAACGAUCUGAACGAGUACGUGAUUAUUGUGAUGUUGAUGAUGAUGAUGAUGAUGAUGAUGACGACGAUGAUGUUUUUUCUGAUGAACAACUAAUAAGUGAUUUAGAUGAUGAUGAUGAUGAUGAUCAUAAUGUUGUUUCAGAUGUUACACCACCUUCUGAUGAACAAUUAUUAAGUGAUUUAGAUGGUAAUAAUAUUAAUUCAGAUGUCUUGGGUGAUGGAGUUGUACCUACUGAACUAUCAAUUACUGAUUUUGGCUCUUCCGAGAAGAAUGUCAGCGUCCAGCAGCCAAGUAAUCGAGCUAGUGGCGAACCAGUCGAGCUAGUGAAGAAUCGUGAUGAAAUCAUUGAGUGCCAAGACAAGGACGAAGAACAAGACUAGGAAGAAGAAUCCGAUUUCAGCGGCCGUGAAAGACUUUAUUGUUUUCCUAUUUUAUUUAAAAAUAAUCUAUUACUUUUUUAUGUAAGUCUCCGGUAUGGACGACUAUGAGUAGAGGAUG